GGUUUUAGGGCUCAGUUACUGGUAUUCUUCGACAUUAGGGCUUCUCCUCCUCCAAUCGAAGCUCUGUCGCAGGGAGGUUCGGAUUUGGCUAUCAUGGAAUCGUACGGAACAGAGUCGGUUCGUGAAGAUGAGACUAACGACGUUAGACCCUCCGACCACGUUGGGGAUGAGGACGAGAAAUCUCAGCCUCACGGCGGUGGCGGCGUCGAUAGCCCCGGAAAGAUAUUUGUUGGAGGUUUAGCCAGGGAGACAACUUCAGCCGAAUUCGUCAAGCAUUUUGGGAAAUACGGAGAAAUCACAGAUUCUGUGAUUAUGAAGGACCGUAAAACCGGGCAGCCCCGUGGAUUCGGGUUUGUGACAUAUGCUGAUUCCUCUGUGGUUGAUAAAGUCAUCCAGGACACUCAUAUUAUAAAUGGGAAACAGGUUGAGAUAAAAAGAACGAUACCUAGAGGAUCUAUGAGUUCAAAUGAUAUCAAGACCAAGAAGAUUUUCGUGGGCGGGAUUCCUUCUUCUGUAGAUGAUGAUGAAUUCAAGGAAUUCUUUAUGCAAUAUGGAGAGGUGAAAGAACACCAGAUUAUGCGUGACCACAUGUCUGGAAGAUCACGUGGUUUUGGAUUUGUUACGUACGAAAAUGAAGAUGUGGUUGAUGAUCUCUUGGCAAAAGGGAACAGAAUUGAGUUCGCCGGGGCUCAGGUAGAGAUAAAAAAGGCAGAGCCAAAGAAACAGAACCCAGUUCCACCACCAUCAAAGAGGUUCAGUGACACGAGGUCUAACUAUGGUGGUGGGGGAUAUGGAGAAGGGUAUGGCGGUGGUGGAUACGGAGGAGGAGGAGGAGCUGGUGGUCCAUACAAAGCAGGCGGUGGAUAUGGAGGUGGCCGCUCAGGCGGUUAUGGAGGAGGGUACCCGGGAGGGGAAUACGGAGGAGGGUAUGGCGGAUACGGUGGAGGUGUUGGACCUUACAGAGGAGAACCAUCCCUUGGAUACUCCUCCGGCCGUUACGGAGGAGUAAGUGGAUAUAACCGAGGAGGCGGUUACGGAAUGGGCGGUGGGUAUGGUGGACCCAGUGACAUGUAUGGCGCCCCCUAUGGUGGAGGCCCGGGAGGCGGGUACGGUGGCCCGGGUGGCAGUUAUGGAGGGUAUGGUGGAGGAGGAGGAGGAGGCUACAGAGGAGGAGGAGGCCAUGAGAUGGGCGGUGGAGGAGGAGGAUACGGCAGUGGAUACGGCGGUGGUGGAGGCUCGGUCUACGGAGGAAGUAGAGGCGGCUAUGGAGGCGGAAGCGGCCGGUAUCAUCCGUACGGAAGGUAGAAAGUGUUCGAGGCUGCCUCUUCCGUGACACGGCCCGAAAUGUCUGAAAAAAAAGGGUAAGUCUUAAGUUGGAAGAUUUAUUUGAUUGUGACAAUGUAAUUUUUGAACGUACGAUUAGGUUCAUAUUCCGAUCUAGGUUGUAGACUUUGAAAUGAAAAACUAAAAAAAUCUGCACAUUCUUUUGAUUAGAACACGCUUUUAGAGAGUUAAGUAAC